GAGAGAGUGCCCCCUGGCGGUGAUCCUCCAGGCGGACUGCGGCGCGGGCCGGGCGGCGACCCCAGCCCCGCCGCCUGGCUUUCUUCCUGCUCGGGUGUCCCACCUGGGAAUUCGUUGCACCGCACAGCCGAACCCGAGUGUGUCAAUGGGUGUGUGUUGGAAUGAGGAUGGCGACGAGAAGAUCCCUCCCGGAAUAACUUAAUUUGGUACCUCAGCCAGCAUGGCAGCCUCUUUCCCACCCAUCUUGGGACUCAGUUCUACCCCAGGUGAAAUUCAGCACCCACAUAUUAAAUUUUCAGAAUGGAAAUUUAAGCUGUUCCGGGUGAGAUCCUUUGAAAAGACACCUGAAGAAGCUCAAAAGGAAAAGAAGGAUUCCUUUGAGGGGAAACCCUCUCUGGAGCAAUCUCCAGCAGUCCUGGACAAGGCUGAUGGUCAGAAGCCAGUCCCAACUCAGCCAUUGUUAAAAGCCCACCCUAAGUUUUCAAAGAAAUUUCACGACAACGGGAAAGCAAGAGGCAAAGCGAUCCAUCAAGCCAACCUUCGACAUCUCUGCCGCAUCUGUGGGAAUUCUUUUAGAACUGAUGAGCACAACAGGAGAUAUCCAGUCCAUGGUCCUGUGGAUGGUAAAACCCUAGGCCUUUUACGAAAGAAGGAAAAGAGAGCUACUUCCUGGCCGGACCUCAUUGCCAAGGUUUUCCGGAUCGAUGUGAAGGCAGAUGUUGACUCGAUCCACCCCACUGAGUUCUGCCAUAACUGCUGGAGCAUCAUGCACAGGAAGUUUAGCAGUGCCCCAUGUGAGGUUUACUUCCCGAGGAACGUGACCAUGGAGUGGCACCCCCACACACCAUCCUGUGACAUCUGCAACACUGCCUGUCGGGGACUCAAGAGGAAGAGUCUUCAGCCAAACUUGCAGCUCAGCAAAAAACUCAAAACUGUGCUUGACCAAGCAAGACGAGCCCGUCAGCGCAAGAGAAGAGCUCAGGCAAGGAUCAGCAGCAAGGAUGUCAUGAAGAAGAUCGCCAACUGCAGUAAGAUACAUCUUAGUACCAAGCUCCUUGCAGUGGACUUCCCGGAGCACUUUGUGAAAUCCAUCUCCUGCCAGAUCUGUGAACACAUUCUGGCAGACCCUGUGGAGACCAACUGUAAGCAUGUCUUUUGCCGGGUCUGCAUUCUCAGAUGCCUCAAAGUCAUGGGCAGCUAUUGUCCCUCUUGCCGAUAUCCAUGCUUCCCUACUGACCUGGAGAGUCCAGUGAAGUCCUUUCUGAGCAUCUUGAAUUCCCUGAUGGUGAAAUGUCCAGCAAAAGAGUGCAAUGAGGAGGUCAGUUUGGAAAAAUAUAAUCACCACAUCUCAAGUCACAAGGAAUCAAAAGAGACUUUUGUGCACAUUAAUAAAGGGGGCCGGCCCCGCCAACAUCUUCUGUCGCUGACUCGGAGAGCUCAGAAGCACCGGCUGAGGGAGCUCAAGCUGCAAGUCAAAGCCUUUGCUGACAAAGAAGAAGGUGGAGAUGUGAAGUCCGUGUGCAUGACCUUGUUCCUGCUGGCUCUGAGGGCGAGGAAUGAGCACAGGCAAGCUGAUGAGCUGGAGGCCAUCAUGCAGGGAAAGGGCUCUGGCCUGCAGCCAGCUGUUUGCUUGGCCAUCCGUGUCAACACCUUCCUCAGCUGCAGUCAGUACCACAAGAUGUACAGGACUGUGAAAGCCAUCACAGGGAGACAGAUUUUUCAGCCUUUGCAUGCCCUUCGGAAUGCUGAGAAGGUACUUCUGCCAGGCUACCACCACUUUGAGUGGCAGCCACCUCUGAAGAAUGUGUCUUCCAGCACUGAUGUUGGCAUUAUUGAUGGGCUGUCUGGACUAUCAUCCUCUGUGGAUGAUUACCCAGUGGACACCAUUGCAAAGAGGUUCCGCUAUGAUUCAGCUUUGGUGUCUGCUUUGAUGGACAUGGAAGAAGACAUCUUGGAAGGCAUGAGAUCCCAAGACCUUGAUGAUUACCUGAAUGGCCCCUUCACUGUGGUGGUGAAGGAGUCUUGUGAUGGAAUGGGAGACGUGAGUGAGAAGCAUGGGAGUGGGCCUGUAGUUCCAGAAAAGGCAGUCCGUUUUUCAUUCACAAUCAUGAAAAUUACUAUUGCCCACAGCUCUCAGAAUGUGAAAGUAUUUGAAGAAGCCAAACCUAACUCUGAACUGUGUUGCAAGCCAUUGUGCCUUAUGCUGGCAGAUGAGUCUGACCACGAGACGCUGACUGCCAUCCUGAGUCCUCUCAUUGCUGAGAGGGAGGCCAUGAAGAGCAGUGAAUUAAUGCUUGAGCUGGGAGGCAUUCUCCGGACUUUCAGGUUCAUCUUCAGGGGCACCGGCUAUGAUGAAAAACUUGUGCGGGAAGUGGAAGGCCUUGAGGCUUCUGGCUCAGUCUACAUUUGUACUCUUUGUGAUGCCACCCGUCUGGAAGCCUCUCAAAAUCUUGUCUUCCACUCUAUAACCAGAAGCCACGCUGAGAACCUGGAACGUUAUGAGGUCUGGCGUUCCAACCCUUACCAUGAGUCUGUGGAAGAACUGCGGGAUCGGGUGAAAGGGGUCUCAGCUAAACCUUUCAUUGAGACAGUCCCUUCCAUAGAUGCACUCCACUGUGACAUUGGCAAUGCAGCUGAGUUCUACAAGAUCUUCCAGCUAGAGAUAGGGGAAGUGUAUAAGAAUCCCAAUGCUUCCAAAGAGGAAAGGAAAAGGUGGCAGGCCACACUGGACAAGCAUCUCCGGAAGAAGAUGAACCUCAAACCAAUCAUGAGGAUGAAUGGCAACUUUGCCAGGAAGCUCAUGACCAAAGAGACUGUGGAUGCAGUUUGUGAGUUGAUUCCUUCUGAGGAGAGGCACGAGGCUCUGAGGGAGCUGAUGGAUCUUUACCUGAAGAUGAAACCAGUAUGGCGGUCAUCAUGCCCUGCUAAAGAGUGCCCAGAAUCCCUCUGCCAGUACAGUUUCAAUUCACAGCGUUUUGCUGAGCUCCUUUCUACGAAGUUCAAGUAUAGGUAUGAGGGAAAAAUCACCAAUUAUUUUCACAAAACCCUGGCACAUGUUCCUGAAAUUAUUGAGAGGGAUGGCUCCAUUGGGGCAUGGGCAAGUGAGGGAAAUGAGUCUGGUAACAAACUGUUUAGGCGCUUCCGGAAAAUGAAUGCCAGGCAGUCCAAAUGCUAUGAGAUGGAAGAUGUCCUGAAACACCACUGGUUGUACACCUCCAAAUACCUCCAGAAGUUUAUGAAUGCUCAUAAUGCAUUAAAAACCUCUGGGUUUACCAUGAACCCUCAGGCAAGCUUAGGGGACCCAUUAGGCAUAGAGGACUCUCUGGAAAGCCAAGAUUCAAUGGAAUUUUAAGUAGGGCAACCACUUAUGAGUUGGUUUUUGCAAUUGAGUUUCCCUCUGGGUUGCAUUGAGGGCUUCUCCUAGCACCCUUUACUGCUGUGUAUGGGGCUUCACCAUCCAAGAGGUGGUAGGUUGGAGUAAGAUGCUACAGAUGCUCUCAAGUCAGGAAUGGAAACUGAUGAGCUGAUUGCUUGAGCCUUUUAGUGAGUUCUGAAAAGCAACAGGAAAAAUCAGUUAUCCAAAAGCUCAAUAACUCAGAACAGGAGUAACUGCAGGGGACCAGAGAUGAGCAAAGAUCUGUGUGUGUUGGGGAGCUGUCAUGAAAAUCAAAGCCAAGGUUGUCAAAGAACAGCCAGUGAGGCCAGGAAAGAAAUUGGUCUUGUGGUUUUCAUUUUUUUCCCCCUUGAUUUAUUAUAUUUUGUAUUGAGAUAUGAUAAGUGCCUUCUAUUUCAUUUUUGAAUAAUUCUUCAUUUUUAUAAUUUUACAUACCUUGGCUUGCUAUAUAAGAUUCAAAAGAGCUUUUUAAAUUUUUCUAAUAAUAUCUUACAUUUGUACAGCAUGAUGACCUUUACAAAGUGCUCUCAAUGCAUUUACCCUUUCGUUAUAUAAAUAUCUUACAUCAGGACAACUUUGAGAAAAUCAGUCCUUUUUUAUGUUUAAAUUAUGUAUCUAUUGUAACCUUCAGAGUUUAGGAGGUCAUCUGCUGUCAUGGAUUUUUCAACAAUGAAUUUAGAAUACACCUGUUAGCUACAGUUAGUUAUUAAAUCUUCUGAUAAUAUAUGUUUACUUAGCUAUCAGAAGCCAAGUAUGAUUCUUUAUUUUUACUUUUUCAUUUCAAGUAAUUUAGAGUUUCCAAAUUUAGAGCUUCUGCAUACAAUCUUAAAGCCACAGAGGCUUGUAAAAAUAUAGGUUAGCUUGAUGUCUAAAAAUAUAUUUCAUGUCUUACUAAAACAUUUUGCCAGACUUUCUCCAAAUGAAACCUGAAUCAAUUUUUCUAAAUCUAGGUUUCAUAGAGUCCUCUCCUCUGCAAUGUGUUAUUCUUUCUAUAAUGAUCAGUUUACUUUCAGUGGAUUCAGAAUUGUGUAGCAGGAUAACCUUGUAUUUUUCCAUCCGCUAAGUUUAAAUGGAGUCCAAACGCAGUACAGCAGAAGAGUUAACAUUUACACAGUGCUUUUUACCACUGUGGAAUGUUUUCACACUCAUUUUUCCUUACAACAAUUCUGAGGAGUAGGUGUUGUUAUUAUCUCCAUUUGAUGGGGGUUUAAAUGAUUUGCUCAAAGUCAUUUAGGGGUAAUAAAUACUUGGCUUGGAAAUUUAACACAGUCCUUUUGUCUCCAAAGCCCCUCUUCUUUCCACCACAAAUUAAUCACUAUGUUUAUAAGGUAGUAUCAGAAUUUGUUUAGGAUUCACAACUAAUCACUAUAGCACAUGACCUUGGGAUUACAUUUUUAUGGGGCAGGGGUAAGCAAGUUUUUUAAUCAUUUGUGUGCUCUGGCUCUUUUGAUAGAAGAAAGCAACACAAAAGCUCCAAAGGGCCCCCUAACCCUCUUGUGGCUCCAGUUAUUUGGAAACUAUUAUCUGCAUCCUUAGGAAUUUGGGAUUUGCCAGUUGCUGGCAAUGUAGAGCAGGCAUGGAAUUUUAUAUGCUAGUGAGUCAUAAUGAUAUGUUAGUGUUAAUUAGUUUUUUCUUCCUUUGAUUUUAUUGGCCAUAAUUGCUACUCUUCAUACACAGUAUAUCAAAGAGCUUGAUAAUUUAGUUGUCAGAAGUGCAUCAGUGACAUUAUCUUUAAUUGUAUGUAUUUGGUGCUUCUUCAGGGAUUGAACUCAGUAUCUUUCAUUAAAAAAUACAGCAGUUUUCCUUGCUUUUUAUAUGCAGAAUAUCAAAGUCAUUUCUAAUUUAGUUGUCAAAAACAUAUACAUAUUUUAACAUUAGUUUUUUUGAAAACUCUUGGUUUUGUUGUUUUGGAAAUGAAUGGGCCACUAAGCCACCCUUUCCCUUCAUCCUGCUUAAUCCUUCCAGCAUGUCUCUGCACUAAUAAACAGCUAAAUUCACAUAAUCAUCCUAUUUACUGAAGCAUGGUCAUGCUGGUUUAUAGAUUUUUUUACCCAUUUCUACUCUUUUACUCUAUUGGUGGCACUGUAAAUACUUUCCAGUAUGAAAUUAUCCUUUUCUAACACUGUAGGAACUAUUUUGAAUGCAUGUGACUAAGAGCAUGAUUUAUAGCGCAACCUUUCCAAUAAUCCCUUAAUCAGAUCACAUUUUGAUAAACCCUGGGAACAUCCGGCUGCAGGAAUUUCAAUAUGUAGAAACGGUGCCUAUGGUUUUUUGCCCUUACUGUUGAGAUUGCAAUAUCCUAGACCCUAGUUUUAUACUAGAGUUUUAUUUUUAGAAAUGCCUAUUGCAAGUGCAAUUACAUACUCCAGGGAAAUUCACCACACUGAAUCGAGCAUUUGUGUGUGUAUGUGUGAAGUAUAUACUGGGACUUCAGAAGUGCAAUGUAUUUUUCUCCUGUGAAACCUGAUUCUACAAGUUUUCCUGCCAAGCCACUCAGGUGCAUUGCAGGGACCAGUGAUAAUGGCUGAUGAAAAUUGCUGAUUGGUGGGUGAGGUCAAAAGGAACCUUGGGAUUAAUAAACAUGAACUGAGAAGCAAGAGGAGGAGAAAAAGAUGUCUUUUUCUCCCAGGUGAAAUGGAAUUUAGUUUUGCCUCAGAUUUUUUUCCCACAAGAUAUAGAAGAAGAUAAAGAUUUUUUUGGUUGAGAGUGUGGGUCUUGCAUUACAUCAAACGGAGUUCAAAUUCCACACAGAUAAGGGGCAGGAUAUAUAAGCGCCAGUGGUAGUUGGGAGGAAUAAACCAUUAUUUGGAUGCAGGUGGUUUUUGAUUGCAGAUAUGUGUGUGUCUUCAGUGAUUGUAUGACAGAUGAUGUAUUCUUUUGAUGUUAAAAGAUUUUAAGUAAGAGUAGAUACAUUGUACCCAUUUUACAUUUUCUUAUUUUAACUACAGUAAUCUACAUAAAUAUACCUCAGAAAUCAUUUUUGGUGAUUAUUUUUUGUUUUGUAGAAUUGCACUUCAGUUUAUUUUCUUACAAAUAACCUUACAUUUUGUUUAAUGGCUUCCAAGAGUCUUUUAUUUUCUAUUUCAGAGAAAAUUCAGGUACCAGGAUGCAAUGGAUUUAUUUGAUGCAGGGGACCUGUAUUUCCAUGUCAAAUGUUUUCAAAUAAAAUGAAAUAUGAGUUUCAAUACUUUUUAUAUUUUAAUAUUUCCAUUCAUUAAUAUUAUGGUUAUUGUCAGCAAUUUUAUGUUUGAAUAUUUGAAAUAAAAGUUUAAGAUUUGAAAA